CAUGACAAUUCCCAUUUGGCCAAAAAAAAAAAAAAAACAACUCCAAUACAAAGACACAUACCCAAAAAUCAAGUAGUCUCUUGCUUUGCCUUGCAAUAUCCAAUCUGUCCUUUAACAAGUAUAUUUGGAUCUUUUUGUGAUCCCAUUUUCCCCAAUAUUAUCACUCACCUUCCUUCUCCUUCUCCUCCUCCUCCUCUAAUAGCUGUUGGAUUUAAAAGGGACCCACAAACCUAUAAAGAUACAGCUAAAUUUAUCACUUCCAUCCAAUAGAACCAUUGCCCACCACAACCUUUCUCUAUAUGAUAACUUAAUAAUGCUUGUCAAAUAGAGAUUUGCAAUUGAGUAAAAAAAAAAAAAAAAUCAUUUCACAAGAGACAUUUCUAAGCUAAACUACAGAGUGACAAGACUCUCUCCUUCUCUCUCCACUACUUCACAAAUCCCCUUAUCUUUCCCUAAAGAUUUUGUUAGUAUUCAAAGAACCAAAAUCAUUACUCAAAAGUUUCAAAAAAAAAAAAAAUCAGACCCUUAAAUUCAUUUUCUUUUCUUUUUUUUUUCUUUAAAGUGUUUCAACAAAAUCAUCAUCUCAAAGUUAUGGACACUCAUAAUCAUCAUCAUCAUCAGAAUCUAGCAACAGAGAAGAAAUCUUUUGAAACGAAACAUGGUACAACAACAACUACUUCUGUUCAAGGAAUCAAAGAAGUUAAAUCACUGUCGUCGUCGUCAUCACUACCAGCUAACAACUCUUCGAAAAAACAGGUAACAAUAUCAUCAUCUUCAUCAUCUCCUGCCUCACCACCUUCGGCUUCCUCUUCUCCCUCUCAUGAAUUCUCCUUCACUAUUUCUCUCUCCACAAACAAUAACAAAGCCACAACUACUACUCCUACAACGACUAAUAACAACAAUAGUAGUUCCUUCGCCGUAGACUUGUCUCCGGCCGACGACAUUUUCUUCCAUGGCCAUUUACUCCCUCUCCACCUUCUUUCCCACCUUCCAGUCUCUCCUCGAUCCUCCACCAACUCCAUGGAUAGCUUUACUCUCCCCAUUAAGGAGAUUUCAUCAUCGUCGUCGUCCUCAAUAAUGGAGGAUAUUCAUCAAAAGCAGAGCAAAAACGGCUCUUCAACCGCCACCGCCACCAACGGCGGCGUCUCGGCCGGACAAAAUGGAGAGGCUGCAGCAAGAAGCAAACCCAACAAGUCGUUUUCGCUUUUCGGGCUAUCGAAAUGGAGAAAAGGGCAGUUUAGAGGGAGAGAUUACAAUAAUGAUGGUAGUGGCAUCAAUAAUAAUAGUAGUAUUGAUGAGGACGACGACAUCGAUGAUUAUUAUGGUAAGGAGAAGGGACCUAAGAGGUCGAAGGUGAGGUUCGAACUGAGUCACGUAAUCAAAAGGUACAUGAGAAUGGUGAGGCCGCUGCUGUUUUCCCGGGCGAGAAGAGAGAGUAUCCAGUUACGUAGGCAGCCACAUUCCUUCUCUGGUGUUUUGGGUAGUAGUAAUAAUAGUAACAAUAUUAGUAAGCGGGAAUUGAUGAGAGGAAGGAGAGGAGAGUAUUCGGCGCCGGCAUCGAUGUGGACUUCGCCGUCGAAUAGCGGCCUCCUUGUGGCGACGGCUACAGCCUCUACGGCGGCGACGAGUGAUAGUUCCAUGGAAGAGUUGCAAGCCGCGAUUCAAGCAGCUAUUGCUCAUUGCAAGAAUUCCAUUAGUAAUAAUAAUAAUGUCACAGAAGACAAAGUAGUCAAAUGCUAGCCCAUUAGAGAAUACCAGCCAGUAGUUAUUUGUUGUGUUUUUUGUAUUGAUAAUCUUUUGUAUAAAUUUGCAUUAUUAUUAUUAUUAAGUGUAAAUGCAUCAUGAGAAAUUAAGAUGAUAUUGUAUUCAGAAGGUUGUAGUACUGCUGGUAUACAAUAAAAUACUGCAUUUAAAAA